CUGGACGUCAUAGAAGCGGUAUCUGCAGCUCCCUUUUCCUCCACUACAAUGACCACCAAUAUCCCACAAAAAUCUCUAAUUUUAAGCUAAAAUUCUUGUGUGGGUGGUGAAGGUCAGGUGUGGGCAGCAAUGGUCGCCUCUCAGGGCUAUUUAACGCUGCUUUUAGUCAUAAAAGGGACAGUAUGCCACACAACACACAACAACGAGACUGUUGUUGCUGGCAUCCUGCAGGGAAGCUGGUUCUCGUGGGAGGAGGGUCGUAGUGUUAACACAGAGAUCAGUGCCAGGAAGAUGAGUGGACUGGGCACUGUGAUCGAAGGAGAGGCACUACGAACUGGCACCUUCCAGUAUAUCUUGAGGCAUCAGUCACCUUGCUUCACCUGUGUUGUAUUCAUUGUCAGGACAUGGAAUAUAUUGGAGAGAUUCCAAAGUACAUGUGUCAGUGAAGGGACACUGAAGAACUCUGAGUGGGAGAUGUGUCUUGGUUUGAGUGAUGGUCGUACUGGAUACAUUAUGUUUCGUCAGGAUCCAACUUUUCUUAACUGUAGGCCGGCGAUACAUGGCCUGUAUCACUUCGCCUGGCAGAAUACAUUCAGUUUCACAGGAGAGUGUAACCAUCCAGAUGCGACAAUCAGAUCCUGCCAGGCUCCUGGUAGUCAGUACCUGAUGGACAGUCAAACCUUACUAGUGAAAUACAGAGUGAGUGUUGGGGUUUACUUCCUCUCCUCCAGGCGAGGGUCCAUUGUACUAUCAUAUCACAGGUAUAAUAAUUACUGUCAUGUCACAUGUAUAAUAACUGUCAUAUCCACAGGUGUGGUGUUUUCAUGUCUGGGCGAUUGGUUUGUGGGCAAGAACCACUACUUUGCAGUCGUCAACACGAAAGAGUCACGCAAGGAGGAGAAGUAUCGUUGUUUCAUUCGUAAUCGUGAGGACGACUUAUACCUGGGACACUCUAUCACUCCAGAGUGUUCCCCUCUUAAGACUCCAGAGAACAGUCCUAUCAGGUUCAGACUCUCUUAUGUAAAACAUGAGGUGGUACCACCUGGAUGUUUCCUGCCCAGGAACCUGACAGGUGACUGGCAAUCUACUGGCCCAGGUGAACCUCACCUCACCAUCAAUGCUACACACAUACAGGAGACUACCUGGAGGGGCUACUCUGCCAAGACUUCCAUCUACGUGUGUCUACAACACCGGGGUAGUCGCUACCUGAUGGCCAAGCUUAGUGUAGAGGGUUGUCAAACAGAGUACGUGUGUUGGGAGAUGGUUCCUCGUCACCACAACAUCGUCAGGUUUAGGGUAACCUGGCCACUUAUCUACCAGGGUUACUACCAGGUGUGUGACUACGCUAACUUCCGCAGUGGUAGGGAGUGGCAAUACCACACACUAAUAGCUGAUCCUCCAGAGCCUAUCUCCUGUCCCAUUGGUGGACGAUUCUCCUUUGUGCAGCGUGGACCGUCACCCCUAACUAAGAGGAUUCUAGGGGGUAUCACAUCCUCUCCCCUGGACACCUACCCCUGCCACAGACAGGUGUCAGAUCUGUCUGUCUGUACACCGGAUCGUCGGUGGAUCAAUAUUGACAUGGAUCUCUGUCUGUCUCUCAAUAAGGAUGGUCAUCAUGUUGAUUAUAACAGAAUGUUGGACUACCGACUACAGUGUGUAGGAUUCUGGCAUGAGAAUCUUCGAUCAUACCUCGUUACCAUUGAUCCUUCCGAUCCUGUCUCCAGGUUCAGGUGCUGGGUAUACCAGAGAGUGGGACUGGGUAGACUGGUAUUAUCACAGUCAGUUGGUGCCGCUUGUGGUCUACAUCAGAACUUCCUCUCUUACACCUAUGAUGAGGGCGCCGCUGUGGGUCUUAACCUCACCUUCAGUGAACGAAUACACGACCAGUGUCCUAUCUACUAUGAUGAUGGUCAUGACCCCUGGAAGAUCCAGAAUGGUGCAGUGACGGUCUUCAGAUUCGCAAACAACAAUUCUACCUCCGUCUACGUCACUACCACCUUCAUCAUCUUUCUACAAGUAUUAGCGCUAAUCUUCACUAUAUCUACAGUACUGAAUAAUUUUUAUGUGUAUAUUCACUGAUACGUGUGUGUAUAUACUGGUGUAUGUUGGUUUUCAUGUAGAUUUUGAGUAGUGUAGAUUACUAUAGGUGUUGUGUAGUUGUAGGGAUUGAGAUAUAGCUCCUGGUCCUGUUUCUGCUGGUUGUGUGUGUGUGAGAGUAUCUGAGUGUGUGUGAGAGAGUGUGUAUAUGUGACUGUUUGUAUGUGGAUAUUCAUAUGUAUAGGUGUAUGCAAGUGUAUGUUUGUUAAUUUUAACCAGUAAUACAACAUACAAAAAUUGUAUUAUCUAGAUAAUUUAGUUGUCCUGCACUCCAAUAUUUUUCAAAAUGCAUUAUAAUCCUAAAAUACAGUAUUAGUAUUAUUAUUAUCUUU